AUGUUCACGUCGGUGUUGGCGAGAUCCGCUCAAAAGCCACUUUCCCUCCUAACUUUAGAACCAUUUUUAGAUAUAUUGAAAGGCGCCUGGAGUGUCAUCUCUCCGGAACCUCCUGCUAUUCUUUGUUUGGGCUUAGGAAGCCCGACAAUGUCCCCGAAUUCCAAUAUACAGCUUGCGUUUCUCGUUGAAAUGUGCCGAGAUCUAAAAAUCGAGCACGAUAACGUUUCCCUGUACGAUCCCGUUUUCACGGCGGAAGAUACCGCACUUUUCGAAGACCUUCAUAUGCGGGUGCUAACCGAAAACAGAGCAGGUCCCCGCGCUUUCUCAAGAAAUGCUCAGCAUCCUGUGGAUGUCCCUACAAUGUGCCUGAUGCCGCAUUGCGACAUGGAACUCUAUGAGAAUUUUCUCAAAGUCAACUGGAGUCAGGAGCGGCUCUCCAAGGCCCUUUUAGUGGGAAACCGGCUGGGCGAAUACGUCGAUAGCAACCCGAACCAUAAAUUGAAAACAAGGGUCCCUUACCUGUUAAAACUUGCCCCGUUACUUGAAUGUCGCCCAUUGCCUCCGUCAAGCGCCUGGCCUACAGCUUUCAACAACACGUGUGCCCAAUUUCUCCCUCCGAAUGCCUUUUUGGCCGAGGCAAACUCCGAGGUCGCGCAACAUGAACUGAAUAUGUCGGAUGCCGCGGUGACACCUAAUGACCCAAAAGGCCGAUCUGGUUCGGAAAUGAGACAGAAUGAAACAUUGCGGAUUGCUCAAGUAAAGGGUUCACACCAAAAUAAUUGUGACGGGAUGGACGAUACAUAG